UUCGUCGACACCAACCCGCUUUUCCGAUAGCACAAAUUCGCCUUUGCGGCACAAAUCCUCCGGUUUUUCCGAAUUUGUCAUCAAAAAAGGGUGGUUGACGUCGUAAAGUUCCGCCGUAGAGGAGAUUCCUUCCACCUGCAACCAUGCUGGAGUUAGAGACCCACGAGUUGACGCUCUACUCGAUUAUCCUUUUUUUGCUGCUGGAAUCCCUAAUCGACAUUUAUCUCACCUUCCGACAGCUACGUGUCUAUCAUGGCAGCAAAACGGUCCCGAAGGAGCUGCGGGAUGUAAUGGACGCGGAAACGUUUGAAAAAGCCCGUCUGUAUGGGUUGGAUAAAGCGAACUACGGCUUGUUCAAGACGAUCCUGUGCGAUGUGAUGAUAUCGCUGUUCGAGCUGUACUAUGGCUUCAUGGCUCUGGUGUGGAUGCGCUCCAUGCAGCUGUCGGAAAAGUUUGGCUUGAAUCCUCGUAGCGAGAUUCAUGUCGGGUGCCUUUUCGCCGUGUUGCUGAACAUUAUCGGCACGCUUAAGGAGAUGCCGUUUAAGAUUUACUCUACGUUCGUACUGGAAGAACGGCACGGUUUUAACAAGCAGACCGCAGGGUUCUUUGUGAAGGAUCAAAUCAAGGCGUUCGUCGUUGCGCAGGUGCUAACCAUUCCCGUGGCAGCGGUAUUCAUCUACAUCGUUCAAAUCGGUGGACAGUACUUUUUCAUCUGGCUGUGGGCGUUCGUCGGCGCCAUUUCCCUGCUUCUCAUCAUGAUCUAUCCGGUUUACAUUGCACCGCUAUUCGAUAAAUUCCGGCCACUGGAGGACGGAGUGUUGAAAACGAGCAUCACCGAGCUUUCGAAUCGUCUCAAGUUCCCACUGGGACAGCUGUUCGUCGUCGAAGGAUCCAAACGGUCGGCCCACAGUAACGCUUACUUCACCGGGCUGUUCGGUGUGAAGCGUAUCGUAUUGUUCGACACGCUGCUACUUAACAAAGGGCUUCCGGACGAUGACCCAACACUAACGGAGAGCGACAAGGGCAAGGGUUGCAAGAACGAAGAAGUGCUGGCAGUGCUUGCACACGAACUCGGCCACUGGAAGCUGGGCCAUAUUUCGAAGAACAUUGUCAUCAUGCAGGUACAGCUGUUCCUCAUCUUCCUGGUGUUUUCGCAGCUCUUUACCUACGCACCGCUGUACGAGGCGGUUGGCCUGCCGCCCGGCGAGAAACCCAUCCUUAUCGGACUGAUGGUGAUUAUGAUGUACGUGCUGGCACCGUACAACACACUGAUCUCUUUUGCGAUGACCAUCAUGUCGCGCCGGUUUGAGUACCAAGCGGACGCGUUUGCCGUUGGUCUGGGAUACGCAAAGGAGCUGGGUCAAGCUUUGAUCAAGCUGCAGGUUGAUAACUUAGGAUUCCCCGUCUACGAUUGGAUGUAUUCGUCGUGGAACCAUUCGCAUCCGACUUUGCUGCAGCGCCUCGAACGGCUCACCACUGAAGAAGGGAAGAAGAAACGAUAAGCAAUGGUUCCUGGGGGGAAUCUUUCCGGGGACGAACUGACUGUAUUCAGUCAUGUUUCAGUACUUCGUACAAACGAAGUUUUAUUGCACCAAAACAGCUCUUUUCAGGCAAUGACGGACUCUGCUUAGGAAACACAAAGUUAGCUUAAGUUAGUGUUAUUUUCACAUUUCAUCGCAGCAGUUCUUUUUGUUUCAAAUCGAAAUGGUAAAAUAAAUGUAAAGAAAAAC